AUGACAGCAAUUCCAUUCAAAGAAAAUACAGUGAUCGUGGUGUUUGGAGCAUCAGGCGACUUGGCCAGAAAAAAGACAUUUCCAGCCCUCUUUGGGCUUUUUAGAGAAGGAUAUCUGUCUGACACAACCCGGAUUAUCGGGUAUGCAAGGACAAAAAUGACAGUUGAGGAGUUCCACAGCAGGAUAAAGGAGCAUUUCGACAUUCGAGACGGAGCGCAAGACCUAGUGGGGCGUUUUUUGGACAUGUGCACGUACGAAAGUGCCCAGUACGACCAGCCUGAAGGAUACAAGAAGUUGACGGUAGGCAUCGAGGAGUUCGAGGCGUCGAGAUGCGUCGAUCGACCUCACCGACUCUUCUACUUGGCUCUCCCGCCUGCAGUUUUCAUCCCUGUGGCCGAAAGAGUGCGGAAAUACUGCCAUCCGGGGAAAAAGGGGGUUGCAAGGUUGAUUGUGGAGAAGCCGUUUGGCCGAGACCUCGCGACAGCACGCGAGUUGCAGGAAAAGUUGGCUCCACUUUGGAAAGAAGACGAGCUUUUCCGGAUAGAUCACUACUUGGGCAAGGAGAUGGUGAAGAACUUGAUCCCGCUUCGUUUUGCCAACUCGUUUCUUCAUGCUUGCUGGAAUAACCAGUACAUCAGCAGCAUCCAGAUCGAGUUCAAGGAGCCGUUCGGCACAGAGGGCCGGGGAGGAUAUUUUGACAACAUAGGGAUUAUUCGGGACGUGAUCCAGAACCACUUGCUUCAGGUUUUGACGCUUUUGGCCAUGGAAAGGCCUAUUUCCGGCGAUGCCGAGUCCAUCCGGAACGAGAAGGUGCAUCUUCUGCGUGCAAUAAAGCCGUUGAACAAGGAAAAUGUGCUUGUUGGCCAGUAUGCGAGGUCCGAGGACGGGAAAAAGCCCGGAUACCUCGAUGAUAAAACCGUUCAGCCCGGUUCUAAGUGCAUUACGUACGCAGCACUGACUUUGGAGAUAUGCAAUGAGAGGUGGGAGGGUGUUCCGGUGAUUCUCCGGGCUGGAAAAGCACUAAAUGAGGGAAAAGUCGAGAUCCGGGUCCAGUUUAAGGAGACGAAAAACGGCAUUUUUUCGCACGUGAGCCGGAACGAGCUCGUGAUUCGUGUGCAGCCAAACGAGGCCAUGUACAUGAAGAUGAACACCAAGAUUCCAGGUGUUUCCAACCGCAUGGUCGUCAGUGACUUGGACUUGACAUACAGCCAGCGGUACAACAAGUUCUACAUUCCACAGGCCUACGAGUCCUUGAUUCGUGAUGCGUUGAACGACAACCACUCCAAUUUCGUCCGUGAUGACGAGUUGGACAUCUCCUGGUCUCUUUUCACGCCUCUUUUGGAGUAUCUCGAGGGUCCUGAUGGUCCUGACCCUGUUCCUUAUCCUUACGGCUCCAGAGGACCUCCCCAGUUGAACGAUUACUUGGCUAAAAACGGCUACGUCUACCAGGGACGUGCUGGCGGCUACCAGUGGCCCGUUACCACACCCGAGGGGGCUCAUAGGAGUAAGAUGUGA